AUGGCAUCUUCACCCGCUGCUAGCAGCCCCCUGGCAGCUCAGACACUCUCGAACGAUGCAUCCGCCACAGCACCGCCACCGCCAGCCAGAUCGAACGGCAGCAGAGAGCGUUCCAAUACCUCGGUUCCAUCAGCCAAACGAUUCAAGGCUGAUCAUGCCGACGCAUCUGCAGCAGGCUCUUCUCUCAACGGCGCUUCUCAUUCAAACGAUGCAGCAACAAAUCUGGCCUCAGCUAAUUCCAGAGCCGCACCCGGUACUGCAGGCGCACCCGAACAGAAGGACAACUUUGACAGCCUCGUCGAUGUAAUGGGCGCUUCAGGCGUCGACCUGCAAGCAGAGGAGGAGGCCAUUCAACGACGAGAGCUCAUGCAACAGUCCCAAAAUGCACAGCACAACGGAGCACAGCCCGAUGAUGAUCACCUCUUUCUGCAAAUGUAUCCGCUCGCUUACAAGGUACACACGCUCGCUCAGCAACAUGGCCUGAGCGUCGAUGCCGCUGUUCUCAAUUAUCUCUCUUUAGCCGCAAGAACACGAUUGAAAAACAUUCUCGAGAGUAUGAUUGCUUCGUCUCGCCACCGCAGCUGGUCUUCGCAUCAACACCCUCCGCCCAUCUUUCCGUCCACAUCCGAGCCGAUGUAUCACGAGCAGAUCAUCAGCGAUCCAAUCAAACAGUUGGCAGCGCUCGAAAAGGCCGAAAGGGGUCAAGAGGCUCGCAGACGUCGAGAGCGCCUUGCCCGAGACCAAGAAUCUUCGGCACUUGCAGCUGGCUAUGGCGCUGAUGACAUGGAUAUAGACGACGGCACAGGUACUCCCAAGCCAGACGGAAGAAAGAGGCCCAAGAAGGUUGGUCCAGGUGUCGCCGCGAGAAACAUGUCGGAGGAUGUACGCAAACGGCUAGCGGAUAGCACGGCUAUGCGCAACCUUGGCGGCGGUUCAACCAAGUAUUCUUGGCUCUCGGGUGGAUCCUCGUUUCCUAGCACCUUUAGCCCACUCGGCGCCAAAAAGGCAAAGGCGGAACAAGGUGCUGCAGAGGAUGCCACAACGCCCGGUCGGCUUCCGAAACCAAAGUUCGCGCCGCAGCCGUCCGUGUCAAAUUGGAGCAGCGCAGGUGCAGCAGACACCAAUUCAGCCGGCAGUACUGCCAAUCCAGUGUCUACAGGCGCGUGGGGGGAUGUAGCCGCACGUCAGGCGGCAAAAGAGGAGGAAGAAAGGCAAGCAAGACUCAAGGUCACCUUACGCGAUGCUUUGUUCGCCCUCGAGUACGAAAGGAGGGCAGGCGUAGGUCAUGGAAGUGGCGAGGCGCUGUUGUACAAGAUUCGUGCUGGUGGAGAGCAAUUGCUAAAACCCAAGGCGGAAUAG